AUGCAUCUUCAACCACCUUCCGGGUCUGGAACUCCAGUACCUGACAGCAAACCGAUGGAGGAGGAGAAGGAAGCGAUUGUGGGCGAUGUUCCAAAGCGCAUGGCCAUCAUCGGCAUGUCCUGUCGUCUCCCGGGACAAGUAUCCACGGCCGAUGAUCUGUGGGGAUUGUGCUCCAGAGCUAAAAGCACCUGGUCAGAGGUGCCAAAGGCCCGAUUUAACGCUGACGCAUUCCAUCAUCCGAAUCCUGAUCGACCCGGCUCAUACAACGCGCGAGGCGCACAUUUCCUGAAGGAAGACGUUGGAUUAUUCGAUGCCCCAUUUUUCAAUAUCACCCUCCAGGAAGCAGUCUCUCUCGACCCGCAACAGCGUAUUAUCCUUGAAUGCACGUACGAAGCGCUCGAAAAUGCAGGUAUAUCGGCAACUUCGAUCGCCAGCACGAAUGUGGGUGUGUUUGCAGGCGCAUCUUUCCCGGAUUAUGAAUCAAACAACUCUAUGGAUAUCGACUCAAUUCCGAUGUAUUCGGGAACCGGGUGUGCCGCAGCUUUACAGUCCAACCGCAUCUCAUAUUACUUCAACCUGAAUGGUCCCAGCUUGACUAUCGACACUGCCUGCUCGUCGAGUUUGGUCGCCUUACAUUUGGCCAGUCAAAGUAUUCGAAAUGGAGAGUGCACCAUCGCAAUUGUGACAGGUUGUCAUUUAAAUUUGCUCCCACAGGCAUUUGUCACUAUGAGUCGCCAGAGAUUACUUGCCGAAUCGGGAAGGUCAUAUGCGUUUGACGAUAGAGCAACUGGAUUUGGACGGGGAGAAGGUGCAGGCUGUAUUAUAUUGAAAUCUUUGGAGGAUGCUGAAGCUGCCGGCGACGCCAUCCGUUCGGUCAUUGUGAACAGUGGUACCAACCAAGAUGGCCGUACCAGGGGCAUUACCAUGCCAAGCAGUGAGGCACAAGAGAAAUUGAUGCGUGACGUUUACAAAGCAGCACGGAUUGAUCCUUUUUUGACCGGAUAUGUGGAAGCACACGGAACUGGCACCAAAGUCGGAGACCCUCUCGAAGCCAAGGCAUUGAAUGCUGUGUUUGGAGCAGGGCGUACACCAAAGCAACCCUUGUUUAUCGGCUCCCUCAAGUCUAACGUCGGCCAUUUGGAAGGGGCAAGCGGUAUAGUUUCGGUGAUCAAGACCACGUUGAUGCUAGAACGUGGCUUCGUGCUCCCGAAUGCCAAUUUCGAAAAGCCAAACGAGGAGAUUCCCAUGGAUAAGUGGAACAUGAAGGUUCCCAAGAAGCUUGUUCCUUGGCCGAGAGGCAAGACCUACGCUAGCGUGAACAACUUUGGCUUUGGCGGGUCCAAUGCCCAUGUUAUUCUCGAACGCGGCCCGGUGAAUGGAGGGGAAGGAGCUACAAAUGAAGAUCCAUUGACUCGGAGGGUAUAUGUGGUGUCUGGCUAUGACAAACAAGCGGCGGCGAAGCUGAGUGUUGAGAUUAUCUCAUAUUUGCACCGCCACCCUCCGGUUUUCACAGACAGCUUGAUGGAUAAUGUUGCCUAUACACUAGGCCAGCGCCGAACUCAUUUGAGCUGGCGCAUUGCUGUCUCUGCCUCCGUGCAUACAGAGCUGAUUGAGGCCUUGGCGAGUACCAAGGAACCCACACGUUCCACCGGGGAGCCUACAAUUGGGUUUGUGUUUACUGGCCAAGGUGCGCAGUGGCAUGGCAUGGGCAAAGAGCUUAUCAAGAGGUACCCGGUCUUCCGAAAGGCUAUGACAGAGUUUGAUGCCUGCCUGAAAGCUCUUGGAGCUACGUUCUCCAUCAUUGAUGAACUCCAAUUGGAGGAUGCAAAUGCAAGCUCAAUUUCUGCAGCAUAUAUGAGUCAGCCAGCUUGCACUGCGGUCCAAUUGGGCCUUGUCGAUUUGUUAUCGUCCUGGGGAAUCCAUCCCAAGGCAGUCGUGGGUCACUCCAGUGGUGAAAUCGCCGCUGCCUACGCCGCGCAGAUCUUGACGUUGGAAGAAUGUGUACGUAUUGCAUACAGUCGAGGCGUUGCGGCGGAUAUAGUCGCAAAAGAUACGACCAUUCAGGGCGCCAUGUUGGCGGUUGGAGCGAAUGCAGGAGAGAUCCAACAGAUUCUGGAUGCAAUGCGAGGGCAGCGGGCUGUCAUCGCCUGUGUCAACAGUGACUCGAGUGUUACUUUGUCAGGUGACAGAGAUGUCAUUACUGAUCUGCAGAAUGCUCUCGAUAAAGAAGGAAUCUUUACUCGCAAGUUACAUGUCGAUGUUGCGUACCAUUCUCAUCACAUGCAAAAGGUUUCGCAGCAAUAUCGCUCUUUACUUGGAAAGAUUGCACCUCGCCUGUCCAGCAUUCCAUUCCACUCAACUGUCCAUGGCAAACUAGUCCCUGGAACCACAUUGGAUGCUUCUUACUGGGUAGACAAUUUGGUUUCCCGGGUUGAUUUUGUGAAGGGAGUCCAGAGUCUUCUAACAUCAACUGAUUUGACCGGUAAAAUCGAUACUCUCAUUGAAGUCGGUCCGCACCCUGCUCUCCAGAACCCUGUGAAGGACAUCGUCAAGUUACACGACGCAAAGCGCACGAUGCACUUUGCACAUACCCUCCAGCGAAAGAUGGAUGGUAUCGAAGCGGUUCAGCAACUCGCAGUUGCAAUGUUCAACCGGGGCAUGAAUCUGAACUUUGAGGCCAUCAACUUUCCCAACACAUCAACAAGACAGCGUCAAGUCCUGACAAACCUUCCAACUUACCCCUGGAAUCAUGGCGAGAAGUACUGGUUUACCUCGCGAGUGGCGAAAAAUAUCCUUCACAAUCCAUUUCAACGGCAUGAUAUUCUUGGCUCGAUCACCAGGGACAACAUCGAUCUUGAGCCUCGAUGGAGGAACAUCAUUCGCGCAGACGAUCAUCCAUGGAUCAAACAACACAGAGUUCAGGGCAAUAAUAUUUACCCCAUGACUGGAUUUUUGGCAAUGGCAAUGGAGGCCAUUUCGCAACAGGCACAACUGCAUCACUUAGUGCCCGGGAAGAUCGAACUUCGGGACAUUUCCAUCACCCGCAUGCUUAUGAUCCCGGACAACGCGUCCGUGGAAACGAUGUUUACUCUGAGACCAUCUCGGGCGGAUUCUGGAAAGUCAGUGCUCGACUGGCAUGAGUUUAAGGUCUUUUCCUGGGCCGAGAGUCGGGGAUGGGACCAACAUUGCAGUGGUCUGGUUAUGGUCCAUGAAAAGAAGGACACAAACCCAGUGAACGGUUCUCGUCAAGAAAGUGUCAUGGAGCGAGAUCUUAGGCGGAUGGCAGCGGAACUACAAGCCGCCUGCACCAAGCCAAUCGAUUCAAAGGUUCUUUAUGAAGAUAUCAGCAACGCCCGUGUUCAAUAUGGUUCGCUAUUCCAAGGCCUGUCCAACAUUUUUGUUAGCCCAAAACAUCAAGCAGUGGCUAGCUUCCAAGUUCCAGAUACAAAGUCCUGCAUGCCUAACGGAUGUGAGACUGAUUGCAUUGCUCAUCCAGCGACUAUCGAUCUUUGCUGUCAGUUGAUGUGGGUUAUGACAGGCUAUGGCCAACCAGGCCAGAAGCAAACCUACGUUCCCUCUCACCUCGACCGUGUCACGCUAAGUUUAGAUCAUAAGCUUAGCGCUGGUACUUCCUUGCAGCUUUUCGGAUCUCGUUCAGGAAUGGAAUCUGUCAGCAUGCCGGAGAGCAACCGCAUUGUUGCUUCCAGUGCAAGCAAUGCCAAUGACGUUGUUAUGGAGCUAAAUGGAAUGACCCUCUUAUCUAUCUCCGAUGACACUGUGGGAAGCAAGGAUAAUGCUCCGGACUCUAUGUGCUAUAAGAUACACUGGGAGCCUUGCUUUGAGUUCCUCUCGGCUGAGGGGUAUCAACGGCUGCCUCGCGGCCAAGUUGGUGAUGGUAAGGGAGGACAGAGAACGCAACGUUUGCAAGAAACGUCAGUUCAUUGGCUUCGGGAGGUGAUCAAAGCUGUCCCCGAAGAAGAGUUUUCCACCCUCCAAAACCACCACCAGAAGUUUUAUCGCUGGGCCCAGAAGACAUGUCAAGAGACUCCUAUUUGUGAGAUGUCACCUGAGGCUAUCGAGGAAGUGCGAAACUCCAAUGGUGCCGGAAGGCUGACAUGUUAUGUUGGCGAGCGCCUUCCUGAUAUUCUUCGCGGAAAGCUCGACGCGCUCACCCUUAUGCUCGAGGAUGACCUCCUUGAAGAGAAUUACAAAGACCUAGACAAUCUACGGGAAUCUUAUGCUCAUGCAGCAGUCUGCAUUGACAAAAUGGCCCAUCAGAACCCAAAUAUGAACAUUCUUGAGAUCGGUGCUGGAACUGGAGGUGCUACUUUACCCAUCUUGGAAAGUCUAGGUGGCCGUGAGCCAGGAUCUACGCCAAGAUUCGGCAAUUACACUUAUACAGAUAUCUCACCGGGAUUUUUUGAAAAGGCCAAGAGCAAGUUUGAAGCCUGGAGCCAUCUCAUCACCUACCAAACUCUCGAUGUUUCAACCGACCCUAUGGCUCAAGGAUGCAAGCCCGAUACUUACGACCUGGUAAUCGCCUGCAAUGUUUUACAUGCGACUUCCAACAUUAAUGAGACCAUGGCAAACAUUCGGUCCGUCAUGAAGCCUGGUGGCAAGAUCUUACUGAUUGAAGAGACAACCACCUCAGCCGUGCACUUCCCAUUUGCUCUCCUCACCGGGUGGUGGCUUGCCAACGACAAGAUCCGGCAGAAUGGACCGCUUCUUACUGAGGAGGGAUGGUCUAAUGUCAUGAAAGCAAAUGAUUUUACUGGCGUCGAGCUUUCUGUGCAAGCAUACCCAGGCGCCUCCUAUCAGAGCGGGUCCGUCAUGGUGUCGACAGCGAACGUUGUGCAAACAGGCCCUACAAACCCUGGAGAGAUUGUCAUCAUAGGUGGUGAUUCUAUCGGCAGUGUCUCAUCAUUGAGUCUUGAAGCUGGCUUGAAAGAGAUGACGAAUGUGGUGCCAACGAGUGCCACAGAUUUGAGCGCAGCUGAUGUAACUGAUAAAUGGUGCAUCUUCUUGGGUGGCAUGGACAGAAGUAUUUUGUCUCAUCUCACCCCCGAAAAGUUUCAGGAAUUCCAGCGUCUUACCACUCGUGCAAGAGGUAUACUGUGGGUUGUUCGUCACAGAAAAUCGGACCCCCAAUCUCUCGGUUCCAAUAUGGCUAUCGGCUUGGCGCGAACUGUUCGUUCUGAAACGGGCCUACAGUUUGCGACUCUCGACUUGGGAGAGAAGGAGAGUGUCCCCGACGCGGAAGCUGUAACCCACAUGCUGAAGGUAUUUGACAGUAUCUUCUGUCAUAAAUCAAAGCUCAACCAGGGGGAUAUGGAAUUUGUCAUUCGUGACGGGCAUUUGUGCCUGCCUCGCUUGCUUGACAACCAUGUUCUCAACUCGAGCGUCCAACUCGAGACAGAUGAUGCUCCUCCACAGAUGCAGCCAUUCAAGCAAGACAGAGCACUCCGACUUACUGCUGGACAGGGUCGUGUGCUAGAUGAGCUGCAUUUCACUGAUGACACCUCGCGAGAUGUGCCGCUCCCGGAUGAUUAUAUCGAGAUUAGGAUCCAUGCCACUGGACUUAACUUCAGAGAUGUAUUGAUGGCUAUGGGCCAGCUUCGUGGCGAUAAGCUUGGUCAAGAGUGCAGUGGAAUAGUGUCCAAGGUCGGAGCCGCUGUAAGAGAUUUCAGCGUAGGAGAUCGAGUGAGUGCUAUGUCUCCAGGAUCGCUUUCAACGUUCACGCGUUGCCAUUUUACAUCGGCGUGGGUCAUUCCGUAUGAUAUGCCAUGGCAGAUUGCAGCAUCAAUUCCUGCAGUAUUCACAACGGCUUUCUAUUCCCUCAUUGAACUGGGACGGUUGACCGAAAGCGAGAGUGUUCUUAUUCAUGCGGCCGCUGGUGGAGUAGGACAAGCAUCCAUCAUCAUCGCUCAGAAGAUUGGUGCCAAGAUAUUUGCAACCGUUGGAAGUGUCGAGAAGAAGAACUUCCUCAUGAAGACCUAUGGUCUGAAGGAGGAACAGAUCUUCUAUAGCCGUGACCUUUCAUUUUCUCGAGGCAUUCUCGAUGCUACUGGUGGAGAGGGCGUGGAUGUUGCCUUGAACUCGCUCAGUGGAGAUGCUUUGCAAGCCACCUUCGAAUGUGUUGCUCCAUUCGGACGAUUCAUUGAGCUGGGCAAGCGCGAUAUUAGCCAGAACUCCCGACUCGAAAUGGCUCACUUCAACCAAAAUCUUACCUUUUCCUCCGUGGAUCUGGGCGUUGUGAGAGAGAAGAAUCCCAAACUGACAAGGAAGCUGAUGCGCGAGGCGUUUUACACUUUUGCCAGUACAAAUGCCCAGUCGCGCUGGCCUAUCACCGUGAUGCCAAUUUCUGAAGUCGAGAAGGGAUUGCGAGCUCUACAGGGUGGCCAGGUUAUUGGAAAGUUGGUUGUCGAAAUGACAGAUGAUGCCAAGGUCAAGGUUCACCCGGCAAGAAAGGAAGAGAAACUACUUCGUGCUGACGGUACUUAUAUUGUUGUGGGAGGUACUAGCGGUAUUGGACUUGAUCUCGCCAGCUGGAUGCCCCAAAAAGGAGCGAAGCACAUUGUCCUUGCCUCCAGAAGUGGUGCUUCUACUGAGGCCGCUCAGAAGGCAAUUCAAGAUCUCACCCGUCAGGGCGUUACUGUGGAAGUGUGCCGAUGUGACAUCUCUAACCCACAAAGUGUCGAACAAAACAUGAUACCAAUACUGAGCCGACUACCUACUGUUCGCGGUGUUGUCUAUGGCGCGAUGGUUCUUCGGGACACGCUCUUCGAAAAGCUUACGCACGAGGAUUUUGAGGCUGUCAUGAAGCCCAGAGUCCAUGGAAUUUGGAACUUGCAAAACACGUUGCAGAGUGCCAAUGUGAAAGCCAGUCUAGACUUCUUCAUCACACUGUCUUCUGCAGCCAGUUUUGUUGGAAAUCUCGGCCAGUCACCAUAUGCCGCCAGUGGAACUUACAUGGCCGCAUUAGCUGCCUACCCCCAGGUUGCAGGCAUUCCGUGCACAACGAUCGAUCUCCCAGUCGUACGUGGUGUCGGGUAUCUAUCUGACGAUGCCAAGCGCGAGCUUAUCACGGCUUCAUUGGGCACAGAAUCCAUAGAUGCAACUAACAUCCGAGGUCUCGUCGCUGCAGCAAUGCGAAAUGAAAUGCUGGAGACCUGCGAAGGCCACUGUGUUGUCGGUUUUGACGGUGUCAAAAAACAACCUGUCUCCGAGCAGCCAUUCUGGAUUCAAGACGUCAAACUUGCACAACUUCUCCGUUUAUCCACACUGGCGGGAUCUGGUGGCCCAACUGACGGAGGUGCAUCCAACGAUCAGGUAUCCCCAGCAACGGCCCUUCGCCAGUGUCAAAGUCGCGAAGCUGCUGAGGCUAUCGUGGUCACUGCCCUGGCGGAGAAGAUCUCCAGCAUCCUCAUGCGACCUCUGGAGGAGCUGGACCCCGCCGCCCCGAUUACAGUGUACGGAUUGGAUUCACUUGUGGCGAUUGAGAUCAGAAACUGGAUUACGCGAGAAUUUGAAUCGAGCAUGCAGGUCCUUGAAAUUCUUGCUGGUGAUUCUUUACCCGCUCUUGCUGAGCAUAUUCUGAGGAAGUCGGGAACUCUUGCCCCCAAGGUGAAAACGGAGUGGGGACUUGAUGUUCCAGAGUCACGGGCCGCCUAG